UGUCUAGCAGAAGACCGCCAUUUAAUUCUUGAAAAGUUCAAGUCGUAUUCGAUUUUUUAGAAGUCUAACGCGUACAUAAAGUAAUUAUCAAUAUGUUUGGGCAAAUUAGCCGACAGGCCGUCAGAAAUUUUACGACCACUGCUAUUCGCAGGUCCCACGCUCCAGGUGAUGGUGUUCCUGGAGAAAAUUUACCCUUCAGCAUCAAAAACCGAUAUGCUGUGACGCUAAAAUUUAUGAUUUUCUUCGGUAGUGGUUUCGCCAUUCCAUUCGCUGUUCUCCGUUUCCAAAUGCUGAAGUAAACUAGGUUUGCAAAAAACUGUUGGAGUAGUUUAUGUCUACUACAGUCUUACGAUCAGAUUGUAAUUGUUAUCUUAUUUUGUAACAAAUGAACAUAAAUAAAUCCUACAUUUGAUAGGGAUAGAAUAUUAA